UUUGUAAGGAUCCACCAUAUAAAGUGGAGGAGUCUGGAUAUGCUGGCUUCAUCUUGCCCAUUGAAGUUUACUUCAGAAACAAGGAAGAACCGAAGAAAGUUCGCUUUGAUUACGACCUUUUCCUCCACCUGGAGGGUCACCCGCCUGUCAAUCAUCUCCGCUGUGAGAAGCUCACCUUCAACAACCCAACAGAAGAAUUUCGAAAAAAACUGCUGAAAGCUGGAGGGACACGAGAUCCUCACAAACGUGGUUCAGAAGAAUCUAAAGUGAUGGUGAUGCAGGAGGGAUCGACCUCUCUGUUCAGUCAGCACCUCAAGCUGCCAACACUUCCCAACAGCUCACUGACAUCCUCCUCCUCRGACCCAAAGAGAAGCAAGAGCUUCCACAGUUCAAAGGAUGGCUCCAAAGGAGGUGGGACUGCACUCCUCACAACAGCCACAACCACCAGCACUAACAGCAGCAGCUUUUCCAAACUCCACAAACCCUCCAAGGACCACAAAGACAAGCCUCCAAAAGACCUAAAAGAGCCCAAAAGUGCCUUCAGAGACUCAAGCUGGGAACCCAGCAAAGUCCCCAAAGAAUCUUCACGAAAACCCAAAGAGAACCAACCACUUAGAGAUAACAACCCUAAGACAGGCAUCAAGGAACCCAGGUCUUUCUCCAAGGAGCAUCGAAACGAGAGAAUGACCCAUGGGUCAGGGCUUAACAAGCGCCUAUCCUCUCUGGACACUGAUGACCUCAUGGCAAAAAAACGCAAGAAWGCAAUUCUGGAUUCAUCAGGAACGCUGAUAUCAAGCUCAGACAGUCAGCAUUUGGAUAAAAAGCUCUUGAAGGAUCGAUUACAAAUGGGGACUAAUAAAUUACGCUUAGAGGGUAACGAGGCAGAGCGCAGAAAAGGAUCUAACCUUCCUCCGAUCCAGGACCUGGUUGACCCCAAUGACUCUGACAUGGAGGACCAGUCCAAAUCAGAUUCUGAACAGCCCAGUCCUGCCAGUUCCAGCUCCAGUUCAGGCUUUGCUCCUACACACCACAAACGCCAAGUGCUGGGCCCGCUGCAGUCAGUCAUGCAGGAUCUGCAGUCUGAUGAGGACGACGAGGACUCGGAGGACAACGAUGACGACAUGGACUCUGAUGCAGAGCGACCAGCACACACACACCUCACACACCAUCAGCUCAGGGUCAGUUUGAGUGACGGCAGUGAGAUUGACAGCUCCUCUUCCUCACCCCCCACCCGCAGAGAGGCUCCAGCCCUUUUAAAAACUACUAAUAACCAGAUACUUGAAGUAAAGAGUCCCAUCAAACAGAACAAGAACGACAACAUGGAUUGCGACAAGGCUUACCUGGAUGAGUUGGUGGAGCUGCAUAAAAGACUGAUGACACUAAGAGACGGUCAUAUUUUACAACAGAUCGUUAACCUGAUCGAAGAGACGGGACAUUUCCACAUCACCAACACCACCUUUGACUUUGACCUGUGCUCGUUGGACAGAAGUACAGUCCGGAAGCUGCAGAGUUACCUGGACACAUCGGGACUGUCCUGAGCUCGGCUCCCUCUGCCUUUCUUUUUUCCCUCUGACUUUUUCUGGAUCGAUUCCACAUUUGGAGGAAACGCAGACGGCCGUCUGUGGCCGCYGGUCCAACCUGCCGGUCGGACCGGGUUCUCUAUCCUGCUGCAGAAACCAGGUCCAGGUGUGGUGAGGAACCCCAUCGAUCAGCAGCUCACCUGGAAGGCCUUGAAAUUUUACUUGAGUUAAAAAGUAGUGAGGAGUUUGUUGCUCUGUGAACAUGGAUGUUUCUGCUUCUGUUGCUGAUGGAGACAGAAGCAUCUUCAGCACUGCCUUACAGCAUUCUGAGUCUUAUUUAUUGAAUUCUUUUGCAGGUGUGUGUGCAUGCGUGUGUGUGUGCGUGUGUGUUUAAGUGACAAAAAUGCAACAUGGAAUGAGACUUUGUGAAAGCACUUCCAAACAGGUAGAUCUGUGUGACAGAACCUUCAAACGUUUUCAUAUCUCUUGAACUUCUCCACAUUUUGUCUCGUUACGACCCUUAAAGUAUUUUAUCAGAACUUAAUGCGACAGAACACAAAGAAGAGAACCUCAGCUGGUUUUUUAUAAAGGAUGUGCUGCUGCCUCUGUUUUCAGCUCGCCUGAGUCAGACCUCUGCAGGCAGGCUGGUUGUUCUGGGUUUUAGUUUGGAGGAUCAGAGUAAAGGGGGUUGYAAACUAAUGCACGCCACACUUUUCAGACUUUUAUUGUGAAAAAUGUUAAGAACUGUGGAUUUCUCGUUUCCUUCAGUUGUGUGCUGCUUGUGUCGGUGUGUGACUGAAGGUGAAAUGUGGAGGAGUUUCAGAGUAUGAAGGUUUUUCCGGUGAUGUUUGUUUCUUAAUAAAGUCACUGAAUUGUUUUACUGCAGAAAAUAAAAGUCCUGUCAUGUUUGUUUUAAUCCCACAAUGUAAAAAUCAGCUGAUGUAGGAAUCAAACCAGCGAGCUGAUCACAUGUGGAACCUGGAGGAGGAUGAAGAGUAAGUUCUCCAACACUUCUCUGGUUUUACCUUGGGGUGAAAAUACAUUUUAAAGUCUUUUUCAUUAAGUCUACAGGUUUUAUGCUCAGUUUGUGAUUUUUCUCAAUUUAACACUUUGAUCCAAAACAUGAAAAAUGUCACAAAGUAACCAUCAGGAAUAAUUAGUUCUGCCUUCCUGAACGUGGGGCGCUGUGGGUGCUGCAGCACUCUGGUGGAUGACAAAAUAAUGUCAAAACUAAAAAAGCAAAUGAGCAAAUAAAUAAACACAUCUGCUAAUGAUGUUUAAGUUAAUACACAUUAUAAAAGAAAAUGCUAAGUUUCUGUUUAGCUCCGCCUCUUUUUGAGUAUCUCCCCGCACCUCCGAUGUAAAACAUGUUUCCACUGCAACAGACCUACAGUAAGUCCUGUAAAAGCCUUUCAAACAUCAGGACUUUAGGUCUGAAGUGUUUCUUUUUGAAAAGUUCUCAGAAAAUCUUUUUUUUUUUUUUGACAGGUACUGAUUUUAAUGUAUUUAUUUUGAAACUUUCCGAUGUUCAAUCAAAGCUUAGUGUUCAGCUUGAGAGAAUGCCUUCCACAGAUUUGUUGCAGAAGGUGCUUUAGUCCGUUUGAUGAACAGAAAAUAAAAAUGAUGUCAUUUUUCAAAUACUCUGAAUGUUUUUUUUUACCCUGGACGUUGUCUGACAGUCUUCUGUGUACUUUGAAGAAAAUGAAUAAAUGUUCUGUAUCUUGUACAGAUGAGCUACUUUUGA